UAUGUUAUUGGUUACUGUUUGCUUUUUGCCCUUAAGGUAGGCUGCAGCUGCGCCUUUAAUAAAAUUAUAAAAAGAUGCGCUUUCUACUAACAGACGCUUAAAUGAACUCGAAUUACUUCACAUACUUGCUGUACAAUAGAUCUAUGUACAGUUUAAACGGGACCUCAUCGUUUUAAAGUGUUAUUAUCGGAAAGCGUUCAUUUGAUCACUAUCAGUCAAUUCUGGUGUGUAGCGCUGCACUGAGCUGGGGGCCAUGCUGCGUGAGGAAGGCAAGAGAUGGGGAGAAAGUUCGGAGCCCUAUAGCAGUGACCCAGAGGAAGAGGAGGAGGAAGAGGGGAUGGUGUUUGGGGAUAACGAUGAGGACUGUGAGGAGAUGAUGGACCUGAGUGACCUGCCGACCUCGCUCUUCGCCUGCAGUGUCCACGAGGCUGUGUUCGAGGAGCAGCGCCAGAGGAACAAACAGGAGCUUGCAAAUCCGACAGACGCAGGGCUAAUGGAGAGCAGAGGAGAGGAGGGGAGAGGAGAGGAGAGGGAAGCAGGCAGAACAUUGUAACCUACAUUCAGGAGCCUGGUACCCAGACCUCCUGCCCCAGGCUAACACCUACCAUUUACAUUACCCUCAAACAGCACUCUGAGAACUCCUGCUCGGGAAGAUCUCGCCCCCUGACCCCUGUGUGGGGCUAUGUAGUAGCCUUUUGAAUGUGUCCUUAAUCCAUAUAAUGGUUCAAUAAAGGGGUUUUAAAAGUCGA